GAGUCGACGUUGCAGUAGCGGUCAGUUGGUGUUGAUGUGUGUAUCCAUGACUUUGGACGAUGACGUAUUGGUUAGGAUCACAACAAUCAGACUUUUUCUCGUAUUUAGUUAAUAACAAAAGUGAAAAAAUUGUGAAAGUGUGAACAUUGCGAUGCCAGAAGUAGUACAGUCAAAUCUACAGUCCAAAAUGACGCUUUACGUCCAAAAGAUCCUGAAAUCUCUAGAAGUAGUUUUACGUGUACCACCACUGUUUGUUAUUGAUGAAAUCCUCAAAAAUAUGGGGUCUGCAUCUCCCAUUGACAUUUCACUUGAUUUGGCCGAAGAAAAUGACAGGAACGUAUUAGAUUACCAUGUCAUCAUCGUAGCCCUAGUGAAAUUCAUGUGUGGAACUCUAGGUUGUAUCUUAGCAGUUUGUGUUUUUGUUUUAUGGACAAACAAUCUUGUGAAAGUGUAUCGACACUUAGGGUCAGUCCUGAUAAUCUUUGCCUUGUACUGGGCCAAUGUCACUUACGUUGAUUCAAUUCUUGGUCAGCAAAGUAUUAUGAAGAACCAGGGUGUUGAUGUCCUUCAUCUUCAGCCCUUUGGAUUAAACCGAUUCUUUGAAUUUCACAAAUCAUAUGCUGUCAAGAAUAUUGCAUAUUGGUACCCUAUUCUCCAGGGUGUGUUAACAACCCUCUUCUCAACUGUUUACCAAGGUCCUAGGCCUCCCUUUUUAUUGCUAUUCAUGUACAUUUCACCAAUAGUUCUAACCCUAUCCCCACUGCCUGUUGCCAUAACUGCUCACACUCCUCUUAUGUGUGCCAUUAUACCUCUACUUUUGAUUAAAUAUGUUAUAUGGGUAAAUGUAACGCCUGCUACUCAAACUCUGUAUUCUGGUUACCGCCAUGUGCACACUAUGCUCUCAAACUUUGGUAUGGCGACUUUUGUUGAAGCCGAAUGGACAAGACUGAAUGUUCCAAGCGUCCUACUUACAUUCUGGAUUAUGCGAGUCUCAGGACAUGCUGGCCUUCUAACCAUGGAAUAUCUCCAAUCUGGUGUGAGCACACCAUUGCCAGAACUAUUGCACCAAAUGGCAAAGGCCUUGCUAGUUGGUGGGUGUGAUACUUUAAUAGCUGUAUUAGGCAUGACCAGCGUAGUCAGUUAUUUGUGUUAUUAUUUGGGAUGCCUAUUCCAAUGGGCUCUUCUUGCAGAGGAAGAUGAAGAAAAGCCCAUAGGAACUGUUUCGGCAAUGCUGUUUUAUGUCUUGGCACUGCAGGCAGGAUUAACAAGCUGUGACCCUGAGAAGCGUUUAGUUCGGCUCAGCCGAAAUAUUUGUCUACUUUUUACUGCACUUUUACAUUUUGUGCAUAAUUAUGUCCAUCCGCUUCUCCUGUCACUUUCUGCAAGCCACAACCCAGCCCUGCACAGACAUUUAAGAGCUCUUGGUGUAGCUGUAUUCAUAAUAGUAUUUCCUAUAUCCUUGCUCAUUUUCCUCUGGUCUCAUCAUGAACUCAGUACUUGGCUUCUAGCUGUGUCUGCUUUUAGUGUUGAAGUUAUUGUGAAAGUAAUAGUAUCUCUCAUGAUCUAUUCUCUUUUCCUUUUGGAUGCAUACCGCUCAACAUUUUGGGAAAAGCUCGAUGAUUAUGUGUACUACAUUCAAGCUUUUGGCCAUGUAGUUGAAUUUAGCUUUGGAAUCCUCCUGUUCAUGAACAGUGCAUGGGUUUUGGUGUUUGAGGCUGGUGGUGCAGUGCGAGCAGUGAUGGUUGGAAUCCAUGCAUACUUCAAUAUCUGGUGUGAUGCUCAAGCUGGAUGGCGAGUGUUUAUGAAGAGAAGAACUGCUGUUAACAAAAUUAACUCAUUACCAGAAGCUUCACCACAACAGCUCCAGGCUCUAAAUGAUGUUUGUUCUAUCUGCUACUCAGAGAUGGUAUCAGCCAAAAUCACUCGUUGCAACCACUUUUUCCAUGGGGUAUGCCUCCGAAAGUGGUUGUAUGUUCAAGAUAGGUGCCCUCUGUGCCAUGAUAUUUUGUAUAGAGUUGCAAGUCAAGAACAGCUUUCGCAGUGAACAGCAGUACUUCAUACUGUGGACUGAAUCUAAUGGCAUCUGUAAUUAUUUAGUAAACCAUUUUCUGUAUGAUGUGAUAUUUUAGGUGUGCCCAGUUUGGCACUAAAUUGUUUUUUUCAUCAAAACAAUGCAGGCUGUGACUAAGCAGUGUUUGUUUAAUGGCUCCCUUUAUAUUUUUACUUUUUAGUUAUUUUAUCAACAACAAAAAGCUUUCAACAUGAACAACUCAAAUAAAUGUGUAGAGUUUUUAUUAUUUAUGUACCAGCUUUGCUAUUUACUUGUUCAAUCAGGAGAGAUAAUGUGGAUUUACGAUCCGAACGCUCCGAGUGCUGUUGGGGCGAGAGUUGUGGUUGGCGGGGGAGAACAACGCCCCCGAAUCAAUUCCCUCACCCCAACUACACUCGCAGCGUUCCUAUCGUGAAUGCACCUAAAAGUGGCUCUACUCUUGUGAUGAUUUUUUUCUACUGUUUAGUUUGUUGUUUAUUUUCUAAUUUUUGAAAUUGUUACACAGUGAUGCAUCAAGUAGCAAUCCCUCCAUUAUAGAGAGUACUUAUUAUGUUUUAAUUUAAGAUAAACUCCCAUUUAUGUAUUCCCCAUUCCAGGCUAUUUUUGCCAAUGCAAUUAGUUUAUCUAAAAUGUACUUAAGUAUCUAUCCUUACACGAUAUUAAAGGUAAUUUGUCCAACACUUUGUUAGAGAUGCAAAGUGAUUAGAGUCUUCCAAGGCAUCUUGUUUGUAGCAUAUUGCAUACCCGGGUUAUACCAGCACCUGACUCCAUUCUAUGGGAGGUGUAUAAAUUUUUUCUAUUGAGUCAAUUCGAUUGGGAAACUUUUGGCCUACCCUAAUGAUGUAGCUCAAUGUGUCAUUCCAAGUAAAUUAGUUUCUUUUCAGAAACUUUUUCAAUUAAUACCUGUAUACAUUUUGGAUAUAUUUCCCACCUUAUUACAGAUGUUAACCAUUCCAUCUAGUUUUGUACUGAACUUUUUGUAUUUGGUGUUCCAACAUGGUUAAGAGUUAGGCUUGUGUCAUCUUGGCAGCACACAAAUUAGCCUUUUAUAUACAUUGUAGACUAAAAACAAGUUUAUACUUUAUGAAAAAGUUAAAAAUCGAUAGUGGAUUUAGUAUCCUGAUACUUCAACAUUAACAUUUCAAGUAAUAUUGUAUCAAACAUUCUUUUCAGCUACCAUAUUACCUUCGAUUUAUCAGUUAUCUGUUGUACUUUGUUCACCAUGGAUGUCCUCCAGUAACUGUUUUCUUUUGUAAAGAGAAGUAAGGAUAUCCAUUUUGUAAUCUAUCCUUUCUUUACUAGUAUUAUUGUUUAACUGCUUACAAGGAAAGAAUAUUUGUGUUUAGUUUGUAACAAAUGGAGUGUUAUUACAAUCUUCUGUGAUUUUAACUAUAUUAGUGUAUAUUGUAAGAUAUAAAGCUUUUAACUGGUCAACUGCAUUUGUGUAAAAAAAAUUGAGCAUUCUACACAGUGCUAUGUAGUAUUUAAGUAUCACCAAUAUCAUUGAUAUGGGAGUUUGUUUGGUAGAAAUGUAAGGGUGAUGACUGGAUCUGUGAUUUUAGGGUCUCUGUUUGAAAUCUGGAUGAAAGAAUGUUUGAGAGCUUUCAUUAGAAAAUAAUCCUUAAUUUUAUAUGAAAGCAUUGUUAUGCCACUGGUCCUUACAGCAUUGUAGUGUACUUCAUUUUAUGAUUGAGGAUUUGAGUCUCCAGUGUCCUUUGUUGAAGGUUUUUUCUUUUUAAAACAUAUAACACAAAUGUGACAUGACAAUAUUUCAGUAGUUUUGGUUUUGACAAUCUUGGAGUUUUGAGGAACAGCUUUUACGCCUAUGAAAAUUAGACCAAUUUUAUUGUUCAACGCUCAUUUUUUUGACAGUAAUCUUAAGACUGACCAACUUUAUCUGAGCUUCUUGCUUUUCACUGUGGAAAUUAAUUAAUUAAUGCUGCCAGUAUUUGGAAGCUGCAGUUUGUAGACUCUAUAGAUAAGUGUAGGAAAGCCCAACUCGCCUUCUUGCUCAAAUUCCUAUUCUUAAGAGUGUUUAGGAAGCACUGGUAAAACAAGUGUGCAUAAUUUUAACACCAGCGUGUGCAAGUUAUGAUUUCAAACAUUACAUGGUGUUUAACUCAAGUUGCACACUUGAGUGGUGUGCACUUUUUAAACGUUUUGUAAACGUUUAAAUUCUGCACACUUUGGCACACACAAAUCUACAGGAACCACAUUGUGUGCAGCUGAUAUACUUUUAGGAAGUGUUGAAUGUUUAAACACCAAUGAACGUUUAACCUAGUUAAACACCACAAUGUAUUGAGAAAAUGCACACUUGAACUUAAAUACCAAUUGGCGUUUAACAUUUCACACUUGUUUUACCAGUGAGGGGACUGUAAAAGAAUGUGCCAGGUAUUCAGGUCAGGAUGCUUUCUCAGUGAGGCCGCAUCUAAGGUCCAAUGGAUUUUCGUGUCUCAUAGAGUAUGUUAAUUUGUCAUCUCUGAAAAAUGUGAAGUCUGUUAUAAAAUGCACAAAAUAUAUUUUCUGAAAAGCUUU